AUGCCGAAACGAAAGGUCAUCCGUCCUCGCGAUGUACCUGCUUCCUCUCUAUCUCCAACGAUAAUUCAAACCGUACUCGAGACCCAUGGACUCACAGAUGGUGCCGUUGUUAUCAUCCCUGACACCGGAGAUCGCCCGUGGGACAUCCCUGAAGACUUCCUUUGCAUAUACCUGACCUACUUCACUCAGUGCGAGCUCACGUUUCCGAUCCCAUCUCGCCUGUUUCGCUACUGCAAACGCCAAAGCGUUGCCUUGUUGCAGAUGAUGCCAGCAUCAGUGACGAACUACACGGGGUUCCAAACGUUGUGCGCCGAGCUCAACGAGGAUCCAUCUAACCGGUUAUUCGAGGACGUCUUCUCGAUUAACCUUCAUAAAUCGAAGGAGUGUUUUUUCGCGGCUAAUGCAAAACCGCGGAGAGACAUCGUUAUUGGGGUUAAACCUAGUAAAUACAAUGACUGGGAGUCCCAAUACUUCUUCCUCGAAAUUAACGAGCUCACAGUCACUGGUGUCGAUAUUCCAACUCAAUCGGAGUGGAAGAUUCCAAUUGGUCGUCAUCUUCCAAGUUUCCUUCUCAAUUCCGCACUCACUCCUGAAUUCCAGGCAGCUUUUAGUGAAGUCGGUAAGCGUCGCUGGCCUGAAGCGUGGGAAGAGAUACUCGAAUGCCGAGCUAAGAAAUCAGUCUCAGUUAAGGAGCCGAAGCCUCUAAAACCGAAGAGCCGAGCUAAGAAGCCUCAUCCUCCUCCUAGACGGAAAGCGGCGAAACCAAAAAAGAAGCAUUCGACAAUGCUUUUGCUGGAUGAAAUCCCGAAUCUCUUUGAUGACGUCGAGCCGAACGAUGCAGCACAAAAUCUUCUUCCUACUACUGAAGGGGAUGAACAGAGAGAUGAGGAAAUGGCUCUGGAAAGGGCCGCCGAACUCAAUCCUUCGAUCCCCACUGCAUCAGAGCUUGCAAUUCCUGAGGAGCAAGCCGAAGCCACGAACAAAAGAAAGAGGCAGGAAAGGGAUCGUGGCGAGCAAUCUCCUGAAUCAGAGCCGGCAAAAGGGGCCAAGGUUUGCUUCGACUAUGAUGAUGAGGGCCCUUUGGAGGAUAACAUCGAUGCUUGUGCCAAUCUCUAUCACAAGAUCUCGAGCGAGGUCCCAAGUCUGCCAAAGAUCCCCGAGCUGCGAUUCUCGAAUCUGUAUAAGGGAAUUGCUCACACAAAUGCUGUGCUCGCUAGUCAGACCAAUACUUUAGUCGAAGGGUAUGAAGUUGCCCUGUUCGAUGAGCAGAUGAGAGUUGCCGAGCUGGAGGAUAAGAUCUCCAAGGUAGAUGACCGCCUUGCUACCGAGCUUCGGAUAAAUGACGAGCUCCAUAAUGCUGUUGAUCUGCUGAAGCAAGAGAGCUCGGAGCUUAAAGCCAUCAAGGCUGAACUGAUGGAAGCUCAAGCUCUUCUAUCUCGGGAGUUCAAACAAGACAAGGAGCGGCUGCAAGGUAUGGUGGCUCUCUGGAGAGAUCGGGCAAGGAAGCUCACCGGAGUUCUCGGCUUCAUCAAAAAGUUGAAGAACAAAGGUCUGUACGAGGUCCCUGCCGAGAUGGUGGCCAAGCUCAAGGCAAAGCACGCAGAAGCACUGAAAGAGUAUCAUUCCGUCGAUGCGUAUGUCCUCACUGAAGAGGACAAGCGGAUGUCACCGCUCCCUGAAGCUAAUGAGGAGGCUCCUGCCGAUAAUCCAAUCGGAGGAAGGCAAGAUCAGGCAAGAGUUGAGCAGUUUGGCUCGAAUGAGGACAUGAUCAAUGCGGAUCAAACUGCUGUUGCCAAGACUGCUUAG